AUGGACGAGACGAGACCUAGAUACGAGACCCUCUCAGGCUAUGAUCUGCCUUGCCCGGCACUUGGACUGCCUACGCAACUUACAGCCCGUAAUAUCCAGGGUUCCGUCACACACUUCACGCCCGCUGAUCGCGGGGCAGCGGGCUCCAGACUGGCAAAGCUCCGGAAAUUCAAAAAAAUGAAUCUUGAAUUACUUUUGAAUUUGAUGGAUUUGAUUGGGAAUUUGAUGAAUCAGUUUAGCAACCGCGUGGCCUACGCAUUGCGCUACGCUGCCUAG